AUGGGCAUCUUGUGUUGCUUCCAGUCCGGCGCCGACAAGCUCCUGGAUCAUGGUCAUGGUGGUGGUGGUGGUGGUGGUGGUGGUGGUGGUCCGGCGGCCGUACCUUCUUCCACAACCAAGAAGCCGCCUCCCCGAGACGCUCCAGCCGUCACCGUCCGCCCCCCUAAUCUGCUGCGACGAGAUGACGAUCAUCAAGAGGAGGAGGGCGCCCGCAGCAGCAGCAACAACAACAACCUUGCCACCCUCGUCGAUGAGAUUGUUGCAGAAUCAGCGACGCACCAGCACAACCGGCGGGUGGCUGACGAGAUCCUGGGGAUGAACAAGGAGGAGGCGGCGGUGACGGCGCGCGCAUUCACAUUGGCCGAGCUCUCGGAGGCCAGCGGCGGGUUCCGGGUGGACUCGAUGCUGGGCGAGGGCGGGUUCGGGCCGGUGUACCGUGGGCGGCUGCGGGACGGCACGGAGGUGGCGGUGAAGCAGCUGGACCGCAACGGGCUGCAGGGCACGCGCGAGUUCCUGGUGGAGGUGCUCAUGCUCAGCCUCCUCAAGCACCCCCACCUCGUCACCCUCAUCGGCUACUGCGCCGACGCCAACCACCGCAUGCUCGUCUACGAGUUCAUGCCCCAGGGCUCCCUCGAGGACCACCUCCUGGACCUGCCGCCGUCGUCCCGGGGGCUCGACUGGGCCAUGCGCAUGCGCAUCGCGCAGGGCGCCGCCCGGGGCCUUGAGUACCUCCACGACGCCUCCCGCCGCCCCGGCCCGCCCGUCAUCUACCGCGACUUCAAGGCCUCCAACAUCCUCCUCGACGGCUGCUUCCGCGCGCACCUCUCCGACUUUGGCCUCGCCAAGGUCGGCCCCGUCGGCGACAAGACCCAUGUCUCCACCAGGGUCAUGGGCACCUACGGCUACUGCGCCCCCGAGUACGCGCUCACGGGCAAGCUCACCACCAUGUCCGACGUCUAUAGCUUCGGCGUCGUCUUCCUCGAGAUCAUCACGGGGCGGCGCGUCAUCGACACGUCCAGGCCCCGUGAUGAGCACAACCUUGUGCAGUGGGCGGCACCGCGGUUCAAGAGCAAGAAGCGCUUCAGGGAGAUGGCCGACCCGCUCCUCCGCGGCGCAUACCCAACCAAGGGGCUCUACCAGGCGCUCGCCAUCUCCGCCAUGUGUCUGCAGGAGGAUGCCACCAUGCGCCCCUCCAUCGCCGACGUUGUCACGGCGCUCGACUACCUCACCGGCGUCGCCAAGCCUUCCCCUCCCUCUCAACAACAGUCGCCUUCCCCUAGCCCUAGCCCUACCCAUCCUCAACAACAGUCGCCUUCCCCUAGCCCUAGCCCUACCCAUCGUCAACAACAGUCGCCGCCCAAGGAGGAGGAGGAUGAUGCCACUGACUAG